CUGCCCCUGCCCCAUUCAUGCUCUCUCUCUCUCUCAAAAUAAAUAAGCAUUAAAAAAAUAAUUUAAAAAAGAAAGAAAGAAAUGGAAAAGACCCAACAAGCAAAUGCCGAGUGGGGAAUUGUACCGCCGCUCUGACAAACCAUGGAGGAGCUGGUCCGGACGGCGUCCGGGAAACUCCCGUGUGGCUGGCGUGCCCACCGACCGGGCAGAGGCCGCGGAAGAGGCCGUGUGCUCCCGUCAGAGGUGUGUCCGAAACAUCCGUGCAGAGAUGCUGUGAUGGGUACAAUGCCUGGAACGUAUUUCACAUACAACUCAAACAGUAAAGCAAACCCAGAAAAAGAGCAGGAAUUGUUCAUCUCUUGAUGGAGACGAGGAGUUUUACGUUCUCCUACUUUCUGCCGCCAGCUGCUCACAGCUCCGGGGACGACUUCCUGACCCAGAAGGACCCGGGUAAACCCGGGGCAGAGGUCACGAGGUGGAGACUUCACACAGAGACGGUGCGGCCCGGAGGAGCAGUGGCCGGGGCUUCCGGAUGCCUGGGCCACAAACACCCUCCUUUUAUCCCGACUCGAGCCGCGCAGGCCAAGGACCAGCCUGUGCCCAGGACCAGCGGACUCCGCACUCCCAGCCCCCUCUGUCACUGCCCGCUGGCUCCUGUGUUCGGUCUCGGGUCCCGUGCGGCUUCUCCCAGCAAGGACGGCGCAGCAGGCAGGCGGCUCGGUGACUCCGCAAACCGGCUUUGGAGGCGGACAGCCGCUCCAAAAGAACUCCCGGAGCUUGACCCUUCCUGGCUCAGUGCCCCGCUCUACGGUGACUGGGACGCCACACAGCGGGCCUGGGAGAGGGGACAGACAGCGCUGGACAGCAGCAGGGGGACCCGAAGACAUCCGCGGAGCUCGACUGGAAAUUUAGCCUCGGGAAAUUAUCUUGCAAACGCACAGACUCUUUCACACCGUAAUAACUACCAUGGUUCUAAAUGUGGGAUAGGAGAAAAUUGAGAAUGAUCCAAAUUUCCUAAAGGACAGUUACCAAGGACGUUAGUGUGGUCCCAGUUUGUAAUUAUGUGAUGUGAUGUUCUAUUAUAUCAUGUUAGCUGGAAGAAAACACA